AUGUCCCCUGCCCCUGGGGAGCAGGCCCCUCCCCAGAGCGCUGUGGCAGAGGCCUGUGGGCGUUUGGAGUCCCUGAAGCUGGAAUCUCCCUGCCCUGGCAGGAUGCAGUCCUUCCCCUCGCUGGGGUUCCUGGAGAAGCAUGGGAGCUCCCCAGCAGAGGAGCACCAGGACUGUGGGGAGAAGGGAGAUCAGUCCCUCAGCCUCAGUAUUCCCAGUGGCCACGACAUCGUGGACAGCUUUGGAGCCAUUUCCUUGGAGAGUCUGAAUUUCCCUGUUGGCCCUGAGGAGCCUCAGGGGGCCCUGGUGGUGCCCAGGCCGUGCCCCAGUGCAGGAGGGAACAGCCCCAUCCCCUCUGGAGCAGCCCUGGAGACUCCCAAGAAAGAAGAGCUGAAUAUUGAAGAAAGGAUCCCGGGGAGCAGGAGGAGAGGGAAGGGAGGGUUGGUGGCUCUCUCAAAGACCAGGCUCUCCGUGUCCAAACUGCUGAUUGUUCUUGAUCUAUCCCUGCCCCAAGUGCUGAUUGUUCCUGAUCCAUCCCUGCCCUCAGUGCUGAUUGUUCCUGAUCCCUCAGUGCUGAUUGCUCCUGAUCCCUCAGUGCUGAUUGUUCCUGAUCCAUCCCUGCCCUCAGUGCUGACUGUCCCUGUUCCCCCCCAGGUGUACCUGUGCAACCUGGGCAAUGCAGUGCCAGGGGAGCUCAGGAUCCACCCUGCCCUCAGUGCUGACUGUCCCUGUUCCCCCCCAGGUGUACCUGUGCAACCUGGGCAAUGCAGUGCCAGGAGAGCUCAGGAUGUCCCCCUGCCCUCAGUGCUGACUGUCCCUGUUCCCCCCCAGGUGUACCUGCGCAACCUGGGCAUCGAGCAGUCCCCUGGCACCAUCCUGGCCCCCUUCGUGCCCCUCGGGCCCCUCCGGGAGCUGGAGUUCUCCCCAUGGGGGCUCAGGAGCCUGCAGCCCCCCCUGGACACGGCCCCUCUGGACAGGGUCCCCCCACAGGCUCAGGGUGCGCUGCUGCCAGCCUUUGAGAUGUCCCAGGCCAGCUUUGGCUCGGACGUGUCCCCUCUGAGCGUGUCCCUCUCCGUGGGCUCCGCAGCUGGCUCGGAGCAGGACCAGGACCUGCUGUCCCCCCAGGAGCUCGGUGCCAGCUCCCCCACGCUCUCUGGGAACUCCCCCGCCAGCCAGGGCAGUGUGCCAGGCCCCCAGCUGGAGGGGGGUGGCACAGAGGGGUCCCCUGGACGUGCUGGGGCAGAGCAGGACCUGCCCAGCUGCUCCUCGGGCAGGGGUCCCCAGGCUGGGGGGAGAAGGGCUCAGGGUGCCCUUGCUGACCCUGAGUGCAGGAGCUCAGACAGCAGCCAGCAGGGAUGGGCUCCGGGGGCUUUGUCUGGGCUUGGGAAUGACAUGGGAUUGGACAGGGCAUCCUCGAGCUCCGGGGUGGGAAGUGAGAGCAGCCAAGGCCAGGAAAGGGAACCCCUGAUGGGCCCUGGGGCCCUGCAGGAGCUCCGGGAGCUGCUGGCACAGGCAGAGGGUCUGGCUGCCAGCUGGAGCCGUCCUGCUGGCCCCACAGCCUCCUGCAGGGAGCAGGGUGAGAGGGAGGAGGGUCCCAAGGGUGCCAGGUUAGGCCAGGACUGGAUCCCCGAGCUGCAGGAGACACUGUCGUGGGAUGAGGCUGUGACCCCGAGGGGUGUGCGGGCACAGGAGCUGGGCAUGCACCCUCUGCAUUCUGCCAGCUGCCAGCUGGCAUGGGGACACCCUCUGGCUGUCAGCUCCCAGCACAGGGAACGGCCAAGGGCAGGGAAAUCCGCGGGGAGGUGGGAGCCAGAGGGGAGCAGCAGUGUGGGCAGGAGCCAGGCUGCCCGUGUGGGGCUGGCACAGAGCACUGCCAGCAGCUGCCUGGGCACUGGCACAGCCCCACAGCCGGGCCAUCCUCCCUCCCUGGAGCCCCUGGCAGUGCCCCCGAAGGCUGCCCGUGUGGGGCUGGCACAGAGCACUGGCACAGCCCCACAGCCGGGCCAUCGUCCCUCCCUGGAGCCCCUGGCAGUGCCCCCGAAGGCUGCCCGUGUGGGGCUGGCACAGAGCACUGGCACAGCCCCACAGCCGGGCCAUCGUCCCUCCCUGGAGCCCCUGGCAGUGCCCCCGAAGGCUGCCCGUCCGGGCAGUGCCCCGGGGGUGGUGCAGGGCAGCCUGCCCGGGGCUGGGGCUGCCCGGAGCCUGCCCGAGGCUGUGCAGAGCCGAGCCGGGUCUGCCCUGAGCCCCGCGGGCAGCAGCAGCAGCGGGGACUCGCUGGCCGCCCGUGUCCGCAGCCUCCUGGGCACCGCCGGCCCCGGGAGCCCGGCCAGCCGCGUCCUGAGGAGCGCCGAGGAGCACGAGAGGAGGAUCCGAGCCUGGGUGAAGAUGAAACUGGCCAGCCAGUCCCAGGAGUGUGGGGCAGACUGGGAUGAAGAGCCCCAGCUCAGGAUGGAGGGAAUCAAGGCAGAGCUGCUCCCAAAGACCAGGGAACCUGCACCAGCCAAGGAGGAGGUCCCACCUGGCCACACCCAGCUCCAGCACAUCCCACCUGGCCGCACCCAGCUCCAGGACAUCCCACCUGGCCACACCCAGCUCCGGGAGAUCCCACCUGGCCACACCCAGCAGGAGGAGAUCCCACCUGGCCACACCCAGCUCCGGGACAUCCCACCUGGCCACACCCAGCAGGAGGAGGUCCCACCUGGCCACACCCAGCUCCGGGACAUCCCACCUGGCCGCACCCAGCUCCAGCACAUCCCACCUGGCCACACCCAGCUCCGGGAGAUCCCACCUGGCCACACCCAGCUCCAGGACAUCCCACCUGGCCACACCCAGCUCCGGGACAUCCCACCUGGCCACACCCAGCUCCGGGAGGUCCCACCUGGCCACACCCAGCUCCGGGAGAGCUCAGAGGGCCCAGGAGCAGCUGCACAAAGGGGUUUGCUCAAGGGCCCCAGUGAGGUGUUGGCAGAGGGGAGGAGAAGCCCUGAGGAGCCACCUCUCCUUCCAGGAGAGGCUGUGAGGGAGCACAUGGGUCCUGCUCACCCUUCACCUGCAGAUGGGGCUUUGUCCACCAUGCCCGAGGCUCCCUCAUCACCAGUGAAGAGAUUCCUGAGCUGUGUGCACAUCACCCUCUCCUCCAGGGUCCAUCACCCCGGUGCCAGCAGUGCUGGGAACGGGAUCAAGGUGUGGGACAGACCUCCAGGGAAGGCCCAGGCAGUGACUUUACAAGCAGCUCCAGCAGCUUCAGUGGAAGGUGUUCCUAAAUCCCCUCCUGCUGAGGGCAUUCCCAGCUCAGCUGAGCCAGUGGCCCCAGCAGAUCCCAGCCAGGGGCUGUGCCCCCGGCAGGAGCUGCAGGGCAGGGCCAGAGCCCGGCUCACACAGGGCAUGCGCAGCUCUGCCCCUCCUGCAGCACCUGGCAGAAGGACUUGUGAUGCUGCCACCCAGAUCACCACGGAAAGUCCCACCAAAGCCACGUUCUCAGCAGAAGUCUGUGUUGAGCCCCAGCCGGGGGGAAGUGCUGCCCUGCAGCCGUCGCUCCCCAGCGCCCCUGCAGCUCCUGGGAUUGCAGCUCCACCCCACAAGGAGAUUCCUCCCUUCCCAAGGCAGCCUGCCCAGCCCCUGCUGCUGCCCUACAAGCCCUCGGGAAGCUCUGGCAUGUAUUAUGUGCCUUUCCAGACAGCAGGAGGCAGCGUGGAGCCCGAGGCCAGCACAGCCAGCUCCCACUCAGGCUCAGAGGAUGCUCCUGCUGCAGGGAUCCUGGCCCAGGUGCUGGCUCUGGGGGAUGCAGCCUGGGCAGCUGCCCAGCACACAGGGACAGCCCGUGGGCACUGGCCUAAGCUGGCCUGGGCUGAGGAGCACUGGACACCGCUGGGACAGCCUUCAGGGCUCCCAGCUGGUUCUCAGCGUGCAGAACCCUCCCGUGGUGUCCCUGAGCCCCGCACCAUGCCCACCAGGCAGAGCUGCAGCCAGCAGCCCAGGGAGCCCUGCAGGGCCAGGGCUGGAGCUGGGCACGCUGCCCAGGGCACAGCAGGGCAGUUCUUUGCCCUCCCUGCAGAGGCUGACGACAGCAGGAGCGAGGAGCUGAGCGCCAGGCCAUCCUCUGGGCACGGGGCAGCUGGCACGGGGCUGCCCCAGGGCGCUGCUGGCACCGAGCCUGCCCCACGGGGCCGGGCUGCUCACCUGCAGGACAGCGUGGGGAAGGCACCACGGCACAGGGGCCACGCCAGGGGCGGCCUGGACGAGCUGUGGCUGAGCUUCCUGGAGCGCCAGGGCACCCAGCAGCAGCAGCAGCUCAGGAGGAGCGGGGAGCUGACCCUCGUGCAGCGCCUGGAUCGGCUGGCCAGGCUCCUGCAGAACCCCAUCAGGCACACCCUGGCAGCCACAGCUGCUGGGGACAAGGGUCCUGGGCAGGAAAUGCAGGGAAGGGAGCAGCCAGAAACUGGGCUGGCAGGAAAAGCCAGGUCUGGGAGCAGCACGGAGCCAAAGGGAGCACGAGUGGCACAGAGGCCACGUGUGAGCCAUGGCAGCAGCAGCCCAGGGGAGCUCAGGGCAGCCAGGCCGGGGCAGAAGGUGAUCCAGCACCUGGGCAGGAUCCUGGAGGAGCAGCAGCACCUGGGCAGGGUCCUGGAGGAGCAGCAGCACCUGAGCAGGGUCCUAGAGGAGCAGCAGCUCCUGGGCAGGGUCCUGGAGGAGCAGCAGCACCUGGGCAGGGUCCUGGAGGAGCAGCAGCGCCUGGGCAGGGUCCUGGAGGAGCAGCAGCACCUGGGCAUCCCGAGAGACAGCUCCUCAGAGACCAGGCUGAGCGGGGAGCCCAGCAGCUGCAGCACGUGCAGCACCUCGGCGUGGGACACGGGGACAGGGCUGGACACCUCCCCUGCCUCCGGGGACAGCAGCUCCCUGUCCCUGUCCACCAUUGACACAGCCAGGCUGCUCCGGGCCUUCGGGCAGCACAGGCUGGCCCCAAGCACCGACACCCCCAGCCCAGCCCCAGAGCUGUCCCCAGAGCUGUCCCCGAGGCUGGCCCGGCUGUACCGUGCCAUCAGCCAGCAGAAGAGGCGCUCUGAGAAGUGGCAGGAGCAGAACGGAGCAGCAGGGACUGCAGGAUGUCAGAGCCUCGGGAAGGGCCAGCAGAGCCAGAGCGGCAUGCCCUUCUCAGACUCCACCUGUGCCAGCAGCAGCUCCUGGGGCCCCAGCUGUGCCCUGAGCCACAAGAGACGGGCACGGAUGCUGAACAAAGGCAUCCAGGCAGGGGACCUGGAGAUCGUCAGCAGUGCCACCAAGAGGAACACCCGGGACGUUGGGGUGACCUUCCCCACGCCCAGGAGCAGCCAGCAGCUGUGGGAGCCCCCGGGGCAGGGCCAGGGCACAGCCUGGCAGCAGCCCCGGGCACCGCCGGGCAGGCGCCUGACAGACACACGGACCAGGAGGGGCAGGCUGCACUUCCAGCAAGGGACGCCGUGGCUCGUCCCAGCAGAGGACUUGGAAUGUGAAUCAAGGAAAGAAAACCAGCGCAGUGCCUGCCCUGGCCCUGGGCCGGCCUGGUUUGAGCCCUGGAGCAGCACAAAGCCCUGGAGAGAGCCCCUGAGGGAGAAGAACUGGGAGGAGCAGCCCAGGCGGGGCCAGGGGGCAGUGACAGCCCCGGGGGCUGGCAGGGCGCUGGGGCAGCCCCUGGGCAAGCUCACGCUGCAGGAGGCGCUGGCCCUGCACCGCCCCGACUUCAUCUCGCGCUCGGGGCAGCGCCUGCGGCACCUGCGGCUGCUGCGCGAGGAGAGGAGGCUGCACAGGUGCCCGAGGGAGCAGCUGCUGCCAGCCCAGGGGGAAACCCUGCUGCCAGCCCAGGGGGAGCAGCUGCUGCCAGCCCAGCAGCUGUUGCAGCCUGCAAGGAGGAGAAAAGACUGCAGGACUGCAAAUCACCUGGUGUCCAACCGAGGUUUCCUGAUGAGAGAAAAAAGAAGAGCAAUUCCCAAGCAUGAAAUGGUUCAAAGAUCCAAAAGGAUGUACGAGCAGCUCCCCGAGGUGAGGAGGAAGAGGGAGGAGGAGCAGAGGAGGCAGGAGUACAGCUCCUACCGCCUGCGGGCUCAGCUCUACAAAACUAAGAUCACCAGCCGUGUCCUGGGGAAGAAGGUGUCCUGGAGCUGACCUCAGCCAGCCUGGGCUGAGCACACACAGCCCUGGCACAGGGAGAAGGCACUAAAUGCUUCUGCAGCCCCACUUUGUGCUCUUGGCUCCCUUCUGUGCUCACCGGUCCUGCCCUACGUGAGAAUCAGGGAUUGGGGGGAGUGUCAGGGGUUUAAAUAAAUAGCUGGGGUUUUGUAGUGGUGGUAGGCACUUCCAGAGGAAACACAGUGUGGAAAAACUUGGUUGAUAACAUAUUUAUAACUCCCUGAUUGGAAUAGCAGUUUUAUAUAUUUAUUUUCAAUAGGUUUUAACAAGGAUUUUUAAACUUUUUAAAAUUCACAUCUUAAUGUAGAAAAUUCACUUGUUAUGUUUUGUACUUCAAUAA